AUGGUUAGCCCGGCAUUGAAACGAAACGCGGACCACCUCUCAGCCUCAUCGGCAGACAGCAAAAAGCCCAAAAGCGCUAGUAUCACGUCCUUUUUUGGCCCCCCCCAAGUCGAAAGCCCACCCUACCACACAGGAAUUAGCUUCGGCUCCGCGGAGCAAAAGGACCUGCUGCAGUUAGAGAUUGAUACUUUGGACGAGAGUUGGCUUGCUCAUCUAAAAGAUGAGAUUCUAAGCACAGAUUUCCUGAAUCUCAAGCGCUUUCUCAAGAAGGAGAAAGAUUCCAAUGCCAAGGUUUUUCCUCCAGAGGAGGAUAUCUAUUCCUGGUCCCGACACACGCCUUUGCACAGUGUCAAAGUUGUCAUCGUCGGCCAGGAUCCAUACCACAAUGACAAUCAAGCUCACGGCUUAGCGUUCUCUGUGCGACCUCCAACUCGAGCUCCGCCAUCUCUAGUGAACAUCUACAGAGGAAUUAAGAAAAAUUACCCGGAUUUUCAAAUCCCGCCCAAUGAUGCUGGACUACUCACUCCUUGGGCCGACCGGGGUGUCCUGCUGCUCAAUACCUGUCUCACGGUUCGUGCCCAUCAGGCAAAUAGCCACUCCAAUAAGGGAUGGGAGAAAUUUACCCAGAAGGCAAUUGAUCUGGUUGCUCGAGUGCGCACAAACGGAGUGGUCUUCCUGGCAUGGGGCAAACCCGCUGGAAUGCGAGUGGCAAAAGUCAACCGACAGAAGCACUGUGUACUGCAAUCAGUGCAUCCUAGUCCACUGAGUGCCCAUCGAGGAUUUUUUGACAACGGUCAUUUCAGGAAAUGCAACGACUGGCUGGCGUCACGAUAUGGGGACGACGAAAUCAUUGACUGGAGUCUCGUACCGACCAAGCACUCCAUUUCCCCGUCCUCAAAUAAGGAAAACUCGUCUGUAUUGGCCAAAAAUGCGUUAUCAACAAGAAAUGCUCCGGCUUCUUGUCCGGAUAAAGAAGAAACCAAACAAUUUCCCGUGGAAGACGAAUUCGAUGACGCGGACGUUCUCGAAGCUCUUGCGGAGGUAGAGGCUUAA